UCGCCUGUCAUUCGUCGGAGGGACGCCGAGUGUGCUGCCGGAUUUGGUCGGGGAGCAGCGAGCCGCACGUCGGUCAAACAUCGCCAAAGCACCGCCUGGUGCCUUUCUUGCUCCGCCGGGCUUUGGUUACCAUUCAUGGGAGAAUAGGUUCGCUUGAACGACGCUACUUUUGACUUCAAUACGCUGAGCAAGUCUUUGCUGCCCCCUACUGACCAUGUGGAGCAUGUGCCUGAUGACGAUGAUGGCGCUCGCCCCUUCCGUCCUUGGCUCGGGAGACGGCGACACCCUGCCACCCAGACCAGACUCAAACCUGGAGAUCUAUAAGCGUCUGUUCGAGACUAAGAGGAAGGAUCAGCUCAACGCACUCAAGAAUUUGGUGGAGCUCAAUGACAUCAACCAGCAAUACAAGAUCAUAGACAUCAUGCUCAAAGGCCUCUUCAAGGUGUUGGAGGACUCCAGACAAAUCCUGCUUUCAGCCAACUUGCAGCCCGAGGCUUCCUUCCCUCUGGAUGAUAAAAUCAAAGAAGCUUAUUCCCACGUGGUGGAGAACACGGCCUUCUUUGGCGACGUGGCGCUGCGCUUCCCGCGUAUCGUGCACCACUACUACGACAGGAACGCCGACUGGGGGGGGCUCCUGCGCUGGGGGCUGCACUUUUGUAACCAGACUGGAGUUUUCACAGGAGGAGCCCACCAACAUGUACUCACGCUGAUGUCACAAGAGCUGGGAAUCACCGAGAAAUCUCCAGACUUCAUCAACCCUUACCGGACAGAAAGAGAUGAUGUGCUCCAUACGGCUGAAGCCUUCCAGAAGAUUCUGAGGGAGGAGGAGAAGAGGAGGAGGAAGGAGGACAAAAGGAAAGAAAUCAGGAAAGGGCCUCGCAUCUCUCGCUCUCGCAGCGAACUAUAGCGACGCCAGCGGGAGGAGAAGAGAGAACGGGCGGUUCACAAAGUAGACUCUGGCGAGAAGGAGGGAAAUGGAAGCCGUCAUCGCUUUAUCAUCACAGGUGCAUUGUGGGAAAUCCAAAUGGAACAUCUCCACAUGAUUGUAAGUAGUGAAAUGUUUGUGAAUUGCUGUAAUCCUGCAGAAAUGAUUGCAAAGGCAGGAGAAGUCUCUAAAAAGGGCUUUGGAUCAUUGAGGUUUGAGAUACUGUAUGUUAGAAUGAUGUACAACAUGUUGGAAUGAUGUACAACAGGGGUAACAACAUGUUAGAAUGAUGUACAACAGGGGUAACAACAUGUUAGAAUUAUGUACAAAAGGGGUAACAACAUGUUGGAAUUAUGUUCAACAGGGGUAACAACAUGUUAGAAUGAUGUACAACAGGGGUAACAUGUUAGAAUGAUGUACAACAGGGGUAACAACAUGUUAGAAUGAUGUACAACAGGGGUAACAUGUUAGAAUGAUGUACAACAGGGGUAACAACAUGUUAGAAUGAUGUACAACAGGGGUAACAACAUGUUAGAAUGAUGUACAACAGGGGUAACAACAUGUUAGAAUGAUGUACAACAGGGGUAACAUGUUAGAAUUAUGUACAACAGGGGUAACAACAUGUUAGAAUUAUGUACAAAAGGGGUAACAACAUGUUGGAAUUAUGUUCAACAGGGGUAACAACAUGUUAGAAUGAUGUACAACAGGGGUAACAUGUUAGAAUGAUGUACAACAGGGGUAACAACAUGUUAGAAUGAUGUACAACAGGGGUAACAUGUUAGAAUGAUGUACAACAGGGGUAACAACAUGUUAGAAUGAUGUACAACAGGGGUAACAACAUGUUAGAAUGAUGUACAACAGGGGUAACAUGUUAGAAUGAUGUACAACAG